AUGUCUGAGAACUGUGAUUCUCCACCCCAUUCCAACACUUUCUUUCAAUGUCCGCCAGAUAAAGAUAGAGCCUCGUCUGAACCACGUUUGCUGCCUCUAUUUCCGGUAGAGGUGCCAGAUGCCCAUCAUUCUGGUUCUACUAAUUCCCCUCUUAGUCUGCCUCAAUCACCCGAAGAAACAAUUCCAUCACAAUUGUUGUCACCUCCAAUUCCAAGGGAACCUUUUUGUGGAAGUGUGUGUCUGAUUGGAAAGAGCCAACAUAUGGAAGAUGCCAUCUCUAUUAUUCCCCAGAUAUUAGGGUCACUAAGACCUUCUGCACCAUAUCAUCUGCAUUUUUACGGUGUUUUUGACGGACAUGGGGGAAGUCUUGUUUCAGGUUUUUGUCAGGCUCAAAUGCAUCAAAUGGUGCUAGAAGUACUUCUGACACGAACAUCUGAAAUACAGGGAAUAGCACCUGCAUCCGUAGACUGGUGGGACGUACUAAUGACGAGGUGCUUUAGAAAUAUGGAUGGGUUGGUACUUAGGACUUGCCCUUGUGGGGAACUUGGGGUUAACUGUGGAAACCAUUCCACACAAACACAAUCACAAUUAUAUUCUGAGUUUGUAGGAUCCACAGCUGCAGUGGUGCUUCUGUCAAAUUGUCAGAUUAUAGUCGCUAAUUGCGGAGACUCGGGUGUUGUUCUGGCUAACAAUGGAAAUACUAUUCCACUCACCCAUCCUCAUAAGGUACUAUCUACUGAUGGGAGAGUCAGAAUCGAGGAUCAUUUGCUAACCACUACUCGCGCAAUUGGAAAUAGGUAUCUAAAAAAGUAUCUCAUUCCGGACCCGGAUGUUACCUUGAGAACGAGGGAUUCUAAAGAUGAGUUCUUAAUCAUUGCUAGUGCUGGGUUCUGGGAUGUGGUUUCAACCGACGCAGCUUGUCAUGUGGCCCGGGGUUGUUUCCGCCACUCCCAUCCACCUUACUAUGCUAAUGCCGACGAUGCAAACGGUGAGCCUCAUCAUUUUGACACUCUAGUACCAUCUAUGUCCUUGAUGUAUCCAUCACCAAGUGCAACAGCAGCCGCAAUACUUUCCCGUAUGGCUGGUAUACGAGGAAGUGAAGAUAAUAUAAGCGUUAUUGUUGUUGAUCUCAUGAACAAUAGGUCUUAA